CAAAGCGACUGCUAUAGGGUAAAUAAAAAUUUGUUUCCGUUAAAAGUUUUUUGAUGUUUAUUCAUUUGCAAAAAAUUUUUGACUUAAGAGUAGAAAAAGCAUUCUGAAUGAAAUCAUAUUUUACACUCUACAAAAAUUAAUGACAUUUUGAAUUUGGAAACAUGAGAAUUUCUUUUAAAUAACAAAAAUUUUAGAGAUGUACGGAGUAUUCGUCUACCUUUAUAUUGGCUGUUCAUGUAUAGUAUCGAGUCUGCAUAUAAAGUCACUAAAACGUCAUCUGAACAAAGAGUCAUCGGUCAUUAACCAACGUCGUGAUGUAAUGGCUGAUGUAAUAAAUAAAUUUGCAUUAUCUGGACAUAAACAUUAUGGAAAACUUAUAGGAGCUGAGCCUACAGUAGAUUAUUUUAACAAUGGUGCAUCCUGGGCUAGUUAUAUUAGCUCACCUAUUCAUUCAAAACACUACCCAACAGUACGUGAUAAAAACCGUGUUACUCAGUUAGGGUACGAUGAUCAGUAUGGUGUCAACUCGGAGAGUACUUCUGAUAAUAUUGUUCAUACGGAAAAUUAUAAUGAUGAGUUUAAAACAGGAGAUAACUCAUUGUCAAAAUUCAUAUCAACUCCUGUGUUCGACGAUCAUGUAACAUUUAAAACUCAUUUGACAAAACAUACCACAUACCCGUUGCAUUCUCCACAAAGUGACGAAGUAGAAUUGCACAAUUCCAGGAAUUUGUUUGAAAAUUUGAAAUCCAUAAUGACUCCGCUUAAAUACCCUUCUGAUAUUGAAUUGAAACCUAUACAUAUAAACGUGGGAGUGAAACCAAUUCAUAUCGUGGCAGACGAUAAAGGAAAUCUUCGCAGUAAAAAUAAAUACCAUGUUAUUAGAGAACAUUUACCUAAAAAUAGUGAACUGAAUUACAGAAACCACCCUGCUAAGAAAUCAAAUAAUAAAGAUUUCCCAGAAGGUGACGAUGAUCACGACAAUGAUAGUGGUGGGUAUUUUAAACCUCCUACAUUCGAUUUUAAUGAGGAUCGAGAACCAUUUCAUGAAGACUUUGAUGAUGUUUCAAAUGAACAACUUCAUAAAGUUUUAGAACCCAAUCAAAAACCAACAGACUUUAGUAUAAAAAACCAUAAUCACAAAUUUCGCAAUCCAUUUGAAAACCCACCACCACCUAUUUACGAGGAGGAAAAAACCGAUUGGAGAUUUCAGGGUGGACGUCACAUCAACCGAAACAACGGUCUCUUUGAAUAUAAUAAGCCAGACUUUUUUAAGCAUAAUUCUAAAGAAAAGGUACAUAUAGAUAGAAACCAGAUUCAAAACCGUCUAAAUGUUGCUAACCAAAUGUUGAGUGUAUUGCCAGCAAAUUCUAUUGAAAAACUUGUUCUUUUUAAUAAAAAAACAAAAGACCUUCCUGUUCCAGAAAUCUUACUCUCAACAUCUCUAAAUACUGAAUAAACUCUCAAACUAGUUGUUUGUAAUUUAACAGGCACAACACAGUUUCCGUUAAAUCUCUUACUAAUUGUGCUUUAACUAAGUACUUAUAAAGAAUGUAAUGUAAUGAAUGUAAUGGCUUUAUACGAAAAUUUCUAAAAAGGAAGCAAUUUAAAAAAACACAAA